CCCGCAAUCGUGACAAAGCGAAACUCGUAUGUAAUACCAGUAGUCCAACAGUUGAAUGUAGCAAAAUGGAACACGUUUUGUGUCCCAAACAUACUAAGCCAUGUGUUCUGAAAACGGGAAUCAAACCAGGUGCAUCACAGGGGAAAAGUUUCUACCUCUGUGGACAGCAACCUUGUGACUAUGUGAAGCAAGCAAGCGUUGAAGCCAUUUUUUGCCCAAGUCAUCGUGAAACGUAUGUCGAGCUGCAGAGGAUUGUACAAUCACAAUCUUCUGAUGAAAAAAGACAUUACUUCCGCUGUUCGUCAAGAGACCCGAAAGAGAGCUGGUGUGGAUAUGUUCCCUUCAAACCUAGGAACCCUGAUGCUUUGAAAGACUAUAACUUUCAAACAAAAGCAUCUAAGACAAACAUGUCACCCAGUCAGAAGAGCAAGGAUAUACCAAAGAGUCGUGAAGGGGAACGGCUGACCAAUCAGAAAGAGAAGGAACCAUCCAAUCAGAAACACAAAGAGACCUCAUCCAGUAAAAGUACUUUUGAAGAGAUAGCUGCUAGUCAGACUUCUUCUGUGACCAGCCAUGCCGUCAAGGCCUGCAAUUCUUCACUGAUAUUAACAGAAGAUAAACACUCCUCCAGGGAUGCACUUGAGCUGCAAAAUGGCAGCAAACGGUCACCAAUUUGUCUUGAUGACAGCUUGACAGACUCUCCUGAGAAAGAUCCUUGUAAGAAUGGACCACAGAAACAGAUAGUCCCACAAGCCAAGCACCUUACAGCUGGUCAGAACGACAGCUUCUCAAGUUACCGAAUCCGAGGCAAUGAAGCUGAAUCUUCUGAUGAUGACAACGAUGAUGCUGAGAAGGACAGGAUUCCUAAUGUACAUGAUGGAAAACAUCCGGUGAGAAUUGCUUCUUCUGAUUCCGGUGACAGCGAUGAAGAAGACUCGUUUCCCAAGAUGGCCGCCAGUAAAAGCAAGGAUGCAGCAGCUGGUGCUGUACACCAGGGGUCAAAGGUCAGAGAAGAAGAAAGAAGUAUGUCCAGCUUGAGUGAGAGACCAGAGAUGGGUGGACGUAAGGAUGGAUCUGCCGUGAUGGUGAACGAUCUGACUGGCACUGUGAAUCAGCUGCAGAUCUCUCGUCAAGAUGGUCGACCUCGUCCGUCACUGAGCGACUUGCAGAUGAAGAAAGAGAAUCUUGUGUCUUGUCUUGAAGGGAGAAAGAAAAUAAUCGGAACCGUUAAUGUAUCGGCAUUGCCUGAUGGAGGUGCCAAAUUGCAGAAACAAAUGGAGGACAUCAUUUCCCAAAUAAAGGCAGUAGAAAUUGAUAUUGGAAAAGCCAAGGCUGAAAGUCGAAAUGUCCCACCAUCUGAAAGACCCGUGGUGAAGGUAGAGCCACAGAUUGUCCGCGUGUACCCCGAGGCUGGCGGGACGGUGCAUGUACCACAGAACCAAGUGAGACCCGAGCCACAAGUCCGAGUUCUUCCCAAUGGACAGACAAUUGUCAUCCCUGCUCAGCGGCAGACGUCCUUGUUGACUCACGCUGUGCAGAUUCCACCACAUGUUCUACAACAGAUGUAUGCAGCCAAUCCACAGGCCAUGCAUCUUUACGGAGGUCGAAUGACGGCUGCACGUCUCAGGGAUGUCGGUUCAAUCACCAAAGAAGCCAUUGAGAAGCUGCAUAAACAGCUAGAAUCCCGUCCUGACGAAUCAAUGGAGCUAGAAGACCCGCAUGGUCUGACAGUACCAUUAAUGACUCACCAGAGGCAGGCCUUAGCAUGGCUAACGUGGAGGGAAAGGCAGCAACCAGCCGGUGGAAUUCUAGCUGAUGACAUGGGUUUAGGGAAGACGCUGACAAUGAUUGCCUUGGUUUUGAAAUCGAAAGAAGCGAAAAAGUUGGGGACAGACGAACAGAAAGAUGCCUGGAUGAACCGAAGCAAAGAGCUGAAGAAAAUGGACAAGUCUAUUGUUGAUUCGCAUGCAACUCUUGUGAUAUGCCCAGCAUCUUUAGUCUAUCAGUGGCAGAAAGAAAUAGAGAAACGAUGUCGCAAAAAACUGCUUAAAGUUGAACUGUAUCAUGGUCCUAACAGAGAGAAAAAUAUUUUGAAAUUAGCAAGCAACGACAUUGUACUAACGACCUACAGCAUUGUUAGCAGGGAGGCUGGAGUCACGAAAACAGACAGUUCGGAAAAGCCAGUCGAGGAUGAUCCUGAGCAGGAGACAGAUGGCAGUGGUGAUAAAAAUCCAUCGGAUAAACCCAAUAUACUGAGGAUUGCGUGGGAGCGAGUGAUACUGGAUGAAGCACACAGCAUCAAGAAUCACAAGAGUCUCACGUGUAUGUCCGUCUGUCGGCUCCGCACGGGAUUUAGAUGGGCUUUGACUGGAACGCCAAUACAGAAUGAUCUACUAGAUAUGUACUCCCUUCUCAGAUUUCUCCGGUGCUCUCCCUUUGAUGAGUUUAAAGUUUGGAAGAGACAUGUAGAUACAGGAAAAGCAAUGGGCACAACCAAGUUGAACACAAUUGUUCAGUCACUGUUGUUGCGCAGAACUAAAGACCAGACAUGCAAGAAGGGAAAACCGAUUGUUACACUGCCAACUAAAUCUACAGAGGUCAUUAAGCUGGAAUUAACAGAGGAUGAACGAAAAGUCUAUGACAAAGUCUUUGCUCUCACGAAAUCUACUGUUCAAGACUAUGUGAGGAGACAUGAAAACAAAGAGAGUGGCCUGGACUACAGGACACAAGCUGGUGCUAAACUCAAUCCUCUCACAGACCUAUUUAGCAGUGAAGACCUCAUUUCUGGUAGACCCACUGCAACAGGUGGUGCUAGGUCAAGGUCAGAGUCCGGGUCAGGGUCGGGGUCACAGCCAGGGCAGUCUCAGACGACUACCAAGUCGACUGGCAGUCAAAUUCUGGUGCUGAUGCUUCGAAUGAGGCAGUGUUGCAGUCACCUGAGUUUGAUGAAACAGCACCUUGAGGAAGAAACUCUGGAAACAGAAGGGAUAGAGUUGACUCUAGAAGAACAGAUGAAGGGAAUGGAUCUGGAUGAAGAGUCGGAGAGUGAUUCCAUCAAACCAUCAACUUCACCACUGUUCACCAUGUCUGCUACAAGCACAAAGUUAAAAGUUCUGAUGGAUAAACUCCUGGAUAUCAAACAGACAUCAGAUAGUUCUCAACCAAUUAAAAGUGUGAUCGUGUCGCAGUGGACCAAAAUGUUGGAUAUUGUUGCUCACCAUCUGGAGAAGUUGAACAUCAAAUACAGCGUAAUUCGAGGCAAUAUCCCUCCCAAGAAACGGACGGAGUUGGUGGACGAUUUCAACACCAACCCAAGAGGAAUUGAAGUGAUGCUGGUAUCACUCAAAGCUGGUGGUGUGGGUCUCAAUCUUAUUGGAGGAAAUCACCUGUUUUUGCUCGACAACCACUGGAAUCCCGCGUUGGAAGAGCAGGCUUGUGAUCGGAUUUAUCGUGUUGGCCAAACCCGCGAUGUCUUUAUUCACAGAUUUCUAUGCAAGGACACAAUAGAAGAAAAAAUUGUUGAACUUCAAAAGCGAAAACUAACCAUUGCCAAGAAUGUACUGACUGGGUCUGGUGCUAGCAGUCAGAAGUUGACAUUACAAGAUAUGAGGAUGUUGUUUGGUGUUUGAUGUGACUCUAAAGCCUGUCAUACACUGUGCAAUACUUUGUGAUGAGAACACUCUGUUGAAGCAAGCAGGCUUUUCAGUCUUGUGUUAUCCACAGUGUGGGUGUUUAUAACUCAUCUCUGCGACUAAAAGCUAGUAAAGCAAGUUUGGUGCUCCUGAUGAAAAAUUGUUAUGCAAGAUUGAUGUUCUAGUCAUUCAUGGCUACAACUGGAAGUGGGCAGAAUAGGCUGCAGUUAUCUCCCUUCAUCUUCUAAAAUACAAAAAUGUGUUCUUUUAAUUCAACAGACACUACUGCAACCUUGGCAGUUAAGAAAAUUACCAAGGCAAAAAAAUAUUCCUUGGAAAAAAUUGUUUUUACUUGCAGUUUUGCAGUUAAUAUGUAAAAGAGGAGUUUAAUUUUAAAGUAUUGUUAAAAAACUUAAUUAAAUAAGGAAAAUGACACAGGAAAUUGAAUGUUCCAAGACGAAAUAAAUGCUGUUGAAAAUUGAAAA